AUGUCUCAUCGCUCCACUUUUCCUACACUCCAUCUUUCACCACACUCCCAUUCCCAACCACUCCUCUGCCUUCCCACCUCUCCCGCUCCCACCUUCCCAUGGCAUCACAGCCGCCUUGACCACAACCAGCUGACGGGAGAGCUGCCCUCCUUCCACCACAUGGCCCGUCUCACUUCGCAACGCGGACUGUCAGCAGACCACAACUACCUCACAUCCACAGCAGACCCUCUCUCUUUCAACGCUACCAGCCAAGAGGAUCCUUUAUACUACCAUAGUGUGUGUUGGUUUGAGCACAAUUGCCUUGGGAACGACAACAACAACACACUCUCCAGCAACUGUUGGCAGAAUCAGAGGCGAGCCAGCGAGUGCCGGGCGUUCUGUGGGGCGCAGCCCCUCACCCCGCCGUGCAGCGGCCAUGGCGUGUGCUCCUUCGAGCCUGAUCCUUCCAAACUCCCCUCUGUUGAACCCGAGGGCCAGUGCGUCUGUGAUGAGGGGUACACGCCAGGGACAAAGCCUGGCACGUGCGUCUCCCACGGCACCAACCCAUCAUCUGAACCGCCAGACACUGCAGCCAUGGGGGUGGCUCUAGCUGCACCAUCCCACCCUCUGAAUCAGGCAUCAAUGCCCUUCACUCUCUCUUUCCACAACUCACCGUCUGAACCGCCAAGCACUGCAGUCGUGGGGGUGAUUGUGUCUUCUCACCAGGCACCUCGAAACCUGCUGCUGCUGCUUCCACUGGCGGUGCUGCUGCUGCUGGCCUUCUCACUGCCACAGUUUCUGAGGCGCCUCAAGAGUCGACCCCCCACACGCUACUUCUUUUCAAAGAGAGCCCUUGCUGCCCAGCAAGCUGCCAUGGGUGUGGAGAUAACUUGCUAG